AUGCCGACGAAGCACCCGUCUGCUUGGAGGCUGAACAAAGGCGAACAACAAGCUGUGGAAAGAGACCUCGCAACUUGGGAAGCUAGUUUGACUGGCAACUUCAGCGAAGAAGAGAAGACGCGUCUACGAGAAGAUGAGCGGAAGCGCUUGGUUCGCCUCAUCCAGGAACAAAAGCACGCGCAAAGUCUCCAGAAGCAGUCAAGUGUUGGGGCCAAGAACAAAAUGAAAGCUGGCCCCCAGCUCUCAUCUGCCCACCAAGCUGCGAUGGAGCCGUCUUCCGUGGAUACUACUUGCAACAGUGAGUACUACGAAUUUUUGAAGCAAGACUUGGCUGUCAUCUCCCUAGCUCUUGGCGCCAACUUGAAGGAGAUGAAGCCCACCCCCAUUGCAGCCACUGUCCAGGAGAAGUCCGGCAUUCAGGAUGUCUACGACUUGAAUAAGGCCAAGGUCGCGCUGGAGUCCCAUGGCACCUACAUCGCCAGCUGCAACCUGUACUGGUUGGAUUGCUGGAAAAAUCCAGCGCCAGGAGUGCCUCUCAACCGUUUGCGGGUGCAACAGCUUGCUGAUUUCUACUUCCCGGAAGAUCGCCCGAACAACUUCUUUCAAAAGCUUCUAGAAGUACAAGUGGAUGUCGCAGCUUUGACAGACCAACCGUCUGGCCUGGUGGUGAUCUCGCCUUUGGAGAUCAUCCACGCCAUUUUUCUCAAAGCAGCUGAAGAGCUUGGCAAGGCAGGUGUCAGCGCAGCCAGCAAGACAGCUUGGAAGAACGCCUUGACUGCAGUGCCUGUGGUCAUGACUGCGUGCUCGGAAGCCGACGUGUGGGUGCAUGCGUUGAACAAGCGGCAGCUUGUGCAGCAGGAGCACGAGAGCUUAACCCGCACUGCUUGGCAAAAUGCUGCUGAACUCUACCAUCUUCAGGCGCUGAUGGAAAAGCUGGAGGGUCGCAAGCUAUCUGACCCGGAAGUUGUACAGCUUUUGAAGAGCAAGCAUUUGAUGACUGCGCAGAAAGGCUCUGGCCAGUCAGCAGUAGAUGUGUCGAACUACUGCGAGUGGAACUUCACGGCUUCCAAGUCCAUUGUCACUAAGUUGCAGUCCGACCAGGUGAUCAGCAACAUCGUGAACAAACAGGAAACUUUGAAAGGUUCUGACAGUUGCUUCAACAGCUUGGUGAAGUUGGAGAAAUUGGCGCAGCGCCCCAGUUGCUUGGCGUCCCGGAGGUUCAUCUUCCAGCUCAUUGAUGAUCUGCUGUGCCACGGUGUCAUCAAAGACGAAGACCUGAGCAAGAAGGACAUGAUCGGUGGCUCCAACAACCCUGGCAGCAUUCACCUCUACGAGUUCAAAUGGCGCUGCUUGACAUACAUCUUGGACAUCAUGUGCGUGCAGGCGAAGCUCAAAGAUUCUGAUAGAGUUCUUCUCAAAGACCAUCUCCGAGAUCCUGCCACGACUCGAACCAACACAGUGGACAACGUCAGCUGGCAAGGAUCACUGACAAAGGCCUCCCUGGAAGCGCUCACUUUCAUCCACGACGUGGUCUUCCUCAAGCAGUACGACAAUAUCCUGCGGCAAGGAAUCAAACCACACUCACACCCAGAGAUUUUGAAUGAGAUGGAGACCAUCCUGGAAGCCUGGAACCGAGUCGUGAACCUACGAGAAAAUGAGCUGGCAGAAGAGAAAGCUGCUUUGCAAGCUCUGGACGGCAAGGCUGACGAAAACGAGGAGGAAGAGGCUGGUGCGGAAGGUCAAACCCCGGACCACCUCCUCAAGUUGGCAAGAAAAAUGCCAAACACCUUGCCCAAGCAUUCCCCGCAGUACUGGAGGGCGGUUGCAAACCAGACAGUCCGCAUGUAUGUGGAAUUCGUCACUGAGCCCACAAACACAUCCGGGGUCACUACGAUGGUGGAGAAGCUCCAGUUGCCAAGCCCUGAAGUUGGUAAAACUUGCACCCUCGUCCACAUCGACACGUCUCUUUUGGGUGAAAGUGUGGGGCCAGGCUCUCAAGAAAACCUUCGCAAAGUCUGGAAGCCGGAUGAAACGCUGAUCCAGAAACUGCUUGGAUCCACUCUGGUUGGCUUGGGCGCCCAGCAAGACAAAAACGGCAAGUGCCAGUGCCCUGGAGAAGGUGUUUUAGCUGCCGUGUUCGAUCCUCUUGGAGUGUUGCCAAAGACUUUCAUGAAAGACAGCACUUCGCAGCCUGUGUGGUUGAUGUUCAACGAGGAGAGCAUUCGUUCCAGGAAGAAAAGAGUGAAGGCCCACUCCUACAGCCAGCGAAUGGAGUUCACGCUCUAUUCCGACAAAGCCCUGAGCGUCCUUCUUCCAGACAAGCCCCGGGCGAUCUACUCUGGCUGGUCGUCUGGAGACGCGAUUGGAUUCGUGACUGCGCUGCCAGCUACAGGUCUUUGGAAGAUGGCGAGGAAGGACAAAGUUGAACUCCUUGGAGAGAAGCGCUGCGUAGCCUUGCCAGAGGUCGACCCCAAGGCCAUUGCUGAGCACGAAGAAACCGUCUUCAGCACCAGCAUUUCUCCCAGUGAGUUGUACCAAGAGUUGGUUGCUAGCUACUGCGCUGCAGCAGUAGUGGAUUUGUCCCCCGCACAAGGGGAAUUUUGCAAAGCUUGCCUUGCCAGCCGCACCAAAAUCGUUGCAGUUUGUGGCACGGAAAGCCAUGCAUCUCGGCUGGAACUUGUCCUGACGGACCAUAUCUUGGGCGAGCUGUCUCGUGAAGGGUCCACCUACUUUCGACCCGAGUCUGUGGCAAAGGAAGGUGAAGAAUCCAAAGGUGGCAAAGGCAAAGACGGUGCGGAAGAGAAGAGCAAAAAAAAGAAGAUCGAUCCCGACGCCAAGGCUGGCGCCAAGAAAAAAAUUCGUAAGACAAAGAAAAAUGCUGAGGAAGAGGAAGCCGGAGAAGAUGGUGAGGAAGACGAGGAGGAGCAGGAAGACACCAGCGCCAAGCCCAAGAAGAAGCCACGCAAAGCCAAGAAAGACGACGAAGAGGCUGACGGGGUCUCCUCUGACAUGUGGUGA